AUGGGAACAAAGUUCUUAGCUCUGGGUUUGUCUUUGUGUCUUGUCCUCUCAAGCUUCUAUGAAGUUUCUUGCCAGGAUGAAGGAACUCCAGGUUUGAGUUUGGAUCUAAUCGAGCGUGAAUACCAAGAUAAUGUCAAGUCUCUUCAAGGCAACGAAGGAGAAGAUCAAUCUGGUGGUCAGAAAAACAGUACAGUGACGGUUAACAAGACUAUCUCUCUGUCGAUAUCGGAAGAAUCGGUGGAAACCCUUAAAGAUUCUACUGUUACCUCGUCUCAGGUAGGAGCUGUUACUGAUGAAGGCGUUCAAGGUUCCAGUAUGUUGGACCAUAUCGAACUUGAGUUCCAAGGCAAGUCAAGACAUUUACUCUCACAUAUCAAUGAGCUUAAGAAGGCUGGAUCUGAUGGUAUCAACAAAGUUGAUGAAUCUAAGGAUGAUGAAGAACUUGCUGCUCAGAGGAAGAAAAUGAUGGAAGAGAUUGAACGCGAGUUUGAAGCUGCUGUAGCUGGAUUUGAAAAACUCAAGAUUGAUGGUUCCACUCAAGGAAAAGAUGAUGAACACUCUGCAAUGAGACAAAGUAUGUUGGAUGAGAUUGAACGUGAUUUUGAAGCUGCUACAAAGGGUCUUGAACUUCUAAAGGCUGAUGAUUUAACUGGAGCCAAUGAUGCAGAACAUGGUAAAAAGAAAUCUCCCAUUACUCUGUUUUUAUCCUCUGUUUUUUCAGAAGCUACAAAAGGUCUUGAAGAACUAAGGCAUUCCACUUCAAGCACAGAUGAUGCAUCACACUCUGCAACUAGAACAAGUAUGCUAGAUGAGAUCGAACGUGAGUUUGAAGCUGCUACAAGUGGUCUUAAACAGCUAAAGAUUAAUGCUCACACUGUCCAAGAUGAUGAUAAAGAACAAGCUGCCAAAAGACAGAGUAUGCUGGAUGCAAUUGAACGGGAAUUUGAAGCUGUUACCGAUAGCUUUAAACAGCUUGAUGAUCUCGCUGAGAACAAAGAUGAGGGAGACCAAUCUGCAAAGAGGCAAAGUAUGUUGGAUGAGAUUGAGCGUGAAUUUGAAGCUGCUACAAGUAGUCUUAAGAAACUAAACCUUGAAGAUUCCACUCAAGGAGAUAACACUGCAGAAAAUGCAAUGAGAAAUAGCAUGCUUGAAGCUAUAGAACGCGAGUUUGAAGCUGCUACAAAAAGUAUUGGAGAGCGGAAGGCUAGUGAUUCAACCCAAGGCAAUGAUCAUGAUGAACACUCGGCAAGUAGACAAAGUAUGCUUGAUGCUAUUGAACGCGAGUUUGAAGCUGCAACAAGAGGCCAUGUAGAAUAUACUUAUAAAGCACAAGUUGAAACUGAGAGAAGCAGUAUGUUGGACGAAAUCGAACGUGAAUAUCAAGCAGCUGCAAGUGCAAAGGCUUCUGGAAAAUACUCAGCUGCAAAGAAUACACAAACCAUUAGUACAGUGCAUAAAACUUCUGGUGGAUCCAACUCUGGUUUUAGCAGUCUUCUAAAGUCUACAGAUGGUGUGUGUGGUUGUUUUAACAAAGACAAAGAUGGUCUUAAGGUAGACACAGAUUGUUCAAUUAACAUAGGGGAGAUACUUGCUGAAGAAUCAAACUUCCAGGGCUCAGAGACAUCUAGCCUCACCAGUUCAUUGACCAAUCUUGUUCACACUCAUAGACAAGAAACAACCUCAAAGGGAGGCACAGUCCUUGUCUCAGUUACUUCCACCACAAGCGAAUCAGAGAACAUAGAGAGCUUAAAGCUAACCCUAAAGAAGCUAAGAGGUCUAAGCGCACGUGAUCUUGUAAACCAUCCCAACUUCGACGAGAUUAUAGAAGCAGGUACACGUUACGAGGUACUCAGCUCAGCUUCAAUAGGUUACAUCUCUUUGCUAGCCAAAUACAAAACCGUCAUUAAAGAAGGACUCGAGGCUUCUCAGAGAGUUCACAUCGCUCAAACUCGUGCUAAGCUUCUCAAAGAAACCGCGUUGGAGAAGCAGAGAGCCGUGGACGCAGAGUUCGCGUUUGCAAAGACUCUUGCUCAUCAGGGAGACGCGUUGUCUAUCAAAAUCUUUGCCAUCAAGAAACUGUUGGUUAAGCUUGAAGCGGAGAAAAUUAACAUUGAUCUUAAGUUCAAGUCAACGGAGAGUAAUCUAGCACGGCUUCUCAAGGAGGCUUCUCAGGCUUAUGAAGAGUAUCAUGUGGCUGUGCGUAAGGCUAAGGACGAGCAAGCUGCUGAGGAGUUCGCUCUUGAGACGACCAAGAGAGCAGAACAUAUUUGGGUUGAGUUUCUUAGUUCGCUUAAUUGA